UUGAUACAAUGAUCUCUCCUGACAGUUCCCCGAAGAGCUGACAUGGAUUUCGAGAUGCAAUUCGUAAGUAUGGGUUAUAGAUAUAUGUAAAAUCUCAUUUCAGCUGACCUGAUAUUGAUUAGAUUUGAGAGACACAAUAAAUCACAUUCACUCAGGAUGUAGUUAAUGUUGUAUUUCAUCAUUUUAUAAAUGCAAAUUUCACAAAAAUUGGAAAAUCAUGACACAUAAUAAUACGUAAAAAUAACAUGGAUUUGCAUCAAUUACAUUUCGAUACGGAACUACUGGACACUAAAUGGAGGAAGAAAGCGAAGGUCUGCCAGUUUUACCGGCUCAUGUUUGGAUGCGCUAAGCCAUUUUAUUGUUGUUGAAACAUGAAAAGGUUUCAUCAUAAUUGACUCUACAUAAUACCUAAAAAUCAACAAAUAGCCUAUAGAAAUCGUUAUUAUGAGUCUUGAUUAUUUUUUGUACAGGCGGUACUUUGAACAGCUCACCUUGGACUGGGGUCCUUUGAUAACAACAACAUGGCUGCGCUCUGUCGGGGCAGACACCGGUGGAAGACAGCGGGGUCUUUACGGGUUUUCUCAAGAAACCUUUCUGGCAAGUUUGACUAUGAUGUGGUUGUCAUCGGUGGAGGCUCCGGAGGCCUGGCCUGCUCCAAAGAAGCGGCGCAACUGGGCCAGAAGGUUGCAGUCCUGGAUUAUGUGGAACCAUCGGCACAAGGAACACGAUGGGGUCUCGGUGGAACGUGUGUUAACGUUGGCUGUAUCCCCAAAAAGCUCAUGCACCAGGCUGCUCUGCUUGGCUCUGCAGUUCAAGAUGCCAAAAAAUACGGCUGGAACAUUCCCGGUCCAGUCACCCAUGACUGGGCCACGAUGGCUGAGGCAGUUCAGAACCAUGUGCGCUCUCUGAAUUGGGGUCAUAGAGUUCAACUCCAGGACAAGAAGGUGAAGUACCUGAACAUGAAGGGCGUCCUGGUGGAUGAGCACACAGUCAAAGGACUCAGCAAAGCGGGGAAAGAGACAAUCCUGACCGCCAAGAACAUUGUGAUCGCCACAGGUGGACGACCCAAAUACCCCGCCAACAUCCCCGGUGCUGUGGAACAUGGCAUCACCAGUGACGACAUAUUCUGGUUGAAAAAGUCGCCCGGGAAAACCCUCGUGGUGGGAGCCAGCUAUGUGGCUCUCGAAUGUGCCGGGUUCCUCACAGGUCUUGGUCUGGACACCACCGUGAUGGUCCGCAGCAUCGCCCUCCGGGGGUUCGAUCAGCAAAUGUCAGGACUGGUGACCGACUACAUGGAGUCGUAUGGAACCAAGUUUAAAUGGAAGUGCGUCCCUGAAAAGGUGCAAAGACUGAGCUCAGGCGAACUGCAGGUCACCUGGAGCGACACUCAGACGGGCGGAGAACACAGCGACACCUUCGACUCGGUUCUCUGGGCUGUCGGCCGAGCGCCGGAGACCAGAGCUCUGGGUCUCAUUGAUCUCGGGGUGCGACUCGACGAGGAGUCUGGGAAAGUCAUCGUGGCGGCUGACGAGUCCACGUCGGUGCCCAACAUCUACGCUUUUGGGGACAUUGCAGAGGGCCGUCCAGAAUUAACACCGACCGCCAUCAAAGCAGGACGACUGCUGGCCCGCAGACUGGCCGGUCAGAGCUCAGAACUCAUGAACUAUGACAACGUGGCCACCACUGUGUUCACCCCUCUGGAGUACGGCUGUGUGGGUCUGUCUGAAGAGGAGGCUGAGAGGAGACAUGGCAAGGAUGGCAUUGAGGUCUACCACGCCUUUUACAAGCCCCUGGAGUUCACCGUUGCUGAGCGCCAUUGCAGCCAGUGCUACCUGAAGGUGGUGUGUGAGCGAGCCGGUGACCAAAAGAUCCUGGGUCUGCACUUCACAGGUCCACACGCUGGAGAGGUCACUCAGGGCUUCGCUAUGAGCUUACAGUGUGGGGUGACGUACACCCACCUGUUGAAGACGGUCGGGAUCCACCCGACCUGUGCCGAGGAGCUGGUUAAGGUCAACAUCACGAAGCGCUCCGGCCUGGACGCCACCGUCACCGGCUGCUGAGGCUAAAGCCCCUCGGUCUCUGAACACAAGUGAGCACACAGGGUCUCUCUCGCUCUGUCGGAGCUCCCCGGGGUCAGCUGGGUCAAAACAAUAGUGAGCUUGUCUGGCUCUUUGUCCUCGUCUCGUUCUCUCCCCGAGGCUUCAGAGUGUGUGGAGGCCUGUGACAGUGGCCUGGCCAGGUUAGCCGGACAACUGAAGUCAGUUUGGUUCAAUACACCAACUCUUCAGUCAGGAUUAUGUAGGUCACUGAGCUACAUUUGCCCUGGUGUUUUCCCCAAUAUAUAUAUUUCACAAAUAUUGUUGUUUCUGCCUGUACUUCCUGUCCAUUAGUCUUCGGGGUGACACAUACCAUACACCCCUGUGCCCCGCCCCUCUCGUGACACUGAUGGAUGGUUCCGUCGCCGCGGUGACACCGCCCCAUUUUCACAUGGACACGCACAAAUAGUUGUGAAACUCCGGACUAACCAUGUAGUCCAUCAUCUCAGCAGCAGAACCGCCGCCAGUCUCGCUUCUGUAAUCCUGCCGCUCACCCAAAGGUGGCACUGUUGCCUACUAAUUCACUCAAUCCAGCCGGAGCCAGAGUAACGGACUCAGGAUGAGGCUGACGGUCCAGCACCUUUAAUCCUCCUAAGUGAUAUUUGGGUGAAGUAGUUGAGCAGUUUGCCUUGGCUGGUGCCAAACUGAUAAAGGUUAUCUGCUGUGUACCUUCACGGAUGGAAGGUCACCUCCCAGGAGUCAACACUGUCUGAGAUAAGGAAGCUUGUUUAUAACAUUAAAGUGGAAUAAGGCCCUCAGUAUUUAACCUGUGGAAGUAAUCUCUCUUUUAUUAGGUGGAGGAGGGAGGGUGAAGUUUGUUUUCAUGCCACGGCAAAUCUGUCGGGUCUGAUUAAUGAUUCUGAUGAGGGCAGUGACAGCCUGCCAGAAGAUGGAGAGAGAGAGAGAGAGAGAAGGGACUAGCAGGUUUAUUUGGACCAGAGCCGGAGAGAACGAGGCGAAGCCCAGCGAGACGGGGGACGGAGGGGGGGAGCUGAGGGGGAUUCCUGUGCGCUCUGUUCGGGGCCGAGGUGAUGACUGAGAGACCCUGACCUCCGCUCAGCAGGAACAGCUUGACUCCAUCACUCCGAGCACAGGAGGCUCACAUGCCCUGGUGUUUGGGACUGAGGGGGUGCCAGCUGGGCAGGGGGGCGGCCCAAGAUGGCCCUGGGACGGACACAAACAUGAGUAAUCGAGUUAAAACUGCUGUGCUCCGAGGGUCGAGGCGGUGUUCGGGAAGUCGUUCAGGCCAUCCAUGUAACUGUAAUGUCUGUUUGCUUUUCCUCCCGCCGCCGAGCAUCAUGUGACCCGCGGAACUCCUUCAGCACACCAGCCUCUUUUUUUUUAAACAGUCUCGGAGGAUCGUGACGGACGGAGGAGCCCAGCCGCUGCAGCCGCGGGGGGUCAGGGUUCAACUUUCAGGUCGGCCAGCUAAUGAUGACUUGUGCUAAAACCCGACGGUGGGGAGCGCACGUCUGAUGUCCCCUGGCUGUCAACUACACUGUUUGUAAAUAGAGACGUCUAAUUUUCUGUUAGAGCUUGGUCGUGCAUUAUUCAUGUGUGGGGUAAUGACACUGGAACCAUUAAAGGAAGGACGCUCACUCUUGAUACCUGACAUGAGUCACUCUCACCUGUUGCUUUUGUCUUUGUUUUGGCCACACAAAACGCCUCUUUAGACAAACAGCGCGAGCGAACAUGGACAAGCCCAUACUCAUGUCAUCUGUGGAGUUAUGAAAU